AUGGCAUCCCAACCUAAAAGAGCACCCAAUUUCCAAGCAGUUCACUCCAUAAUCAUCUUUGUCUUUAUUAUCAUCCUAAUUCCAUUUGUCUCUUCAUCUGAUUCCGCCGUUGCUCGUGCUUCUCCCGCAACUAAUACAAUUGCAAAACAAAGCGAAGCAGUCGCUCUCUUGAAGUGGAAAGCUAGCCUUGACAAUCAAAGCCAAUCUCUCCUUUCAUCAUGGAAUGAAACUAGUCAUUGCACUUGGGUCGGAAUUGGCUGCAACGACGCCAAUAAAGUAACCAAUUUAACCCUUGACAGUAUUGGUUUGAAAGGUACGCUUUCCGGUCUUGACUUCCCUUCAUUACCACAUCUAGUGAAACUCGAUCUGUCCGACAACUUAAUAUAUGGGAGCAUUCUCUCUCAGAUUGGUAGCCUUUCCAGACUCGCAUCUCUUAAUGCGUCCAUCAAUCAUCUUUCAGGAACAAUUCCGAAAGAUAUUGGGAUGCUAAGAUCUCUCACUACCCUUGCAUUGUACACGAAUAACCUCACGGGAUCAAUCCCCGCUUCAAUAGGGAACUUGAGAAACCUCACAACAUUGAUCCUUUAUGAGAACUCUCUCAAAGGAUCUAUCCCACAAGAAGUAGGAUUGCUAAGAUCUCUCGCUAACCUUGAAUUGUCAAGGAACAAUCUCACGGGAUCAAUCCCCGCUUUAAUAGGGAACUUGACAAACCUCACAACAUUGAUCCUUAACGAGAACUCUCUCAAUGGAUCUAUCCCUCAAGAAGUAGGAUUGCUAAGAUCUCUCAUUGCCCUUGCAUUGUACACGAAUAACCUCAAGGGAUCAAUCCCCGCUUCAAUAGGGAACUUGACAAACCUCACAAUGUUGUACCUUUACAAGAACUCUCUCUCUGGAUCUAUCCCUCAAGAACUAGGAAAGCUAAGAUCUCUAAUAAGCACCCAAUUGUGUAGAUACUUGGCGCACCUAGUCCCGUUUUACGUCAUUUAA